ACCACACGAAGUCACAACAAGGACAAUUUAAAAACACGUGAAUCCGGCGAAACAACUUAAUAAAGUUUAUAUUGUUUUACAUUUUAUCUUGUUUUUUCUCCAACACUGCGGCUAACUGGCGUAAAUUCUAACAACAGAGGAAAAAGUUGUGCCAGAGAUUAUGUAGUGCCUUCUUGUUUUGAUUAUUUUUAUUAAUUGGUCAAACUUAUUGGAUUGGCAUUUGAUAAUAGACAGCCGCGAUGUCGAAGCUGUUUGUGCUGUUCGAGCAUGCGGCUGGCUAUGCCCUAUUCUCGGUGCGGGAGUUCGAAGAGGUCGGAAUGCUGCUGCCCCAGGUUGAGGCCUCCGUGACCGACCUCCAGCGCUUCAACCAGGUGGUCAAGCUUGUCGGGUUUUCACCCUUCAAAACUGCCGUGACAGCACUCGAGAACGUCAACAGCAUAUCGGAAGGCAUCGCACCCGAUGAUCUCAAGCUGUUUUUGGAUACCAACGUGCCCAGAGGAAGCAAGAAGGAGAAGGUUGUUCUCGGAAUAGCUGAUCCCAAGCUUGGAGCCAGUAUCACAGAAGCUCUGGACAUCAAGUGCGACCACACUGGAGCCAUACCAGAAAUCAUCAGGGGUAUACGGUAUCACUUUUCCAGUCUGGUCAAAGGCUUCUCAAACCAGAGUUCGGGAAUCGCACAACUAGGUCUUGGUCACAGUUACUCUAGAGCUAAGGUCAAGUUCAAUGUCAACAGAGUCGACAAUAUGAUUAUUCAGAGCAUUGCUCUGCUAGAUCAAUUGGACAAAGACAUUAAUACAUUCAGUAUGCGAAUCAGAGAAUGGUACAGUUACCACUUCCCAGAGCUUGUAAAAAUUGUUCCUGAUAACUACAUGUAUGCCAAAGCAGCAGAGCUCAUUAAAAACAGAAAAGAGCUGACUCAAGAUCAUUUGGAGGCACUAGAAGAAAUAGUCAUGGACAGCGCAAAAGCUCAGGCUAUCAUUGAUGCUUCCAAAUCCUCAAUGGGGAUGGAUAUCAGUCCGAUUGAUCUUCUGAACAUUGAAAUGUUCGCCAAGCGUGUAAUAGAUUUGGCUGAUUAUAGAAAAGAACUUUCGGAGUAUCUGAGGUCGAAAAUGUCGGGAGUAGCUCCAAAUCUUGCUACCUUGAUUGGUGAUCAAGUUGGAGCGCGUCUCAUUGCACACGCUGGUUCGCUGACAAAUCUAGCAAAAUAUCCUGCUUCGACUGUUCAAAUUCUAGGAGCUGAGAAAGCCUUGUUUAGAGCUCUUAAAACGAAAGGAAACACACCAAAAUAUGGACUGCUGUUCCACUCGACUUUCAUUGGUCGAGCCGGCAUGAAGAACAAGGGCCGAAUCUCAAGGUAUUUGGCAAACAAAUGUUCGAUUGCAUCAAGGAUAGAUUGUUUCGCCGAGCUGCCCUGCAAUAUCUUUGGAGAGAAACUCCGACAACAAGUAGAAGAUAGAUUGAAGUUUUAUGAGACUGGAGAUGUUCCUAAAAAGAACAUUGAAGUUAUGCAAGAAGCCAUUGAGGAAGCUUCACAAAUAGUACCUGCUAUCACGGAAGAAACUCCAAAAAAAAAGAAGAAAAAGGACAAAAAGACAAAACCCACCAUAACGCUUCUUCACAAGUAACUUUACUUUUUGAUUUCUUCUUUUUCUUUUUCGGCACUUCCUCGCCAUCUACCUCCAUCUUAUUUACGUUUUCCAACACACCAUUCAUACUAUCACCAUUUGUUACAACUUCGUUCUUUAUGUAUUAUGUAUAUUUUCAGAUAGAUUUUUUAUGAAAUCGAUUCUUGUAUAAUGUAAAGAAAUAUUCUCUUUGCGUAUUAGUAAGGCCGAUAUCGUUGUAGAAGCAUUUUGUUACAUUUACACGCGCAAUAUCAUAAUGCAGUGAUCUAUAAAAUUUUAUAAGGAUCAAUGCUUAAUUUUUUCACAACACGAACAAAGAUAACUUCAACUGUUGUAUAAAGGUAACUUCAAUUUGGUAUGAGACCGGAAGGCAAUUGUAUAAAUUGAGAAGAAAAAAAUUGUAUUUUAAAUAAAUAAAAUCAGUUGGAUCAUAA